GGGCAAUGUCGGGGCUUGGCCCCUGCCAGGGGCUGACGGUGUCUGGUGCAAGCGCCCCCUCGGAUUUGAAAAAGGAAUUUCUCGAGACAUCAGGGCUGGGACCCAUAUAGAGGCAUUUUCACGGAUGUUCGGGGGUGCCUAGGCAUUUCCGAGCCAAGCUUUCCAGCCCGGACAGCGCCGACCGCCAGGCCAGCGGAAGGAAACGUGGCCCGCCUGAGCCUGAGCCCGACCCUGCCCCAUGGCGCCGCGCAUGCGGGGAGCGGCUGCCGUGGCCGCUGUCCCCGCCGAGCCGGUCGCUGUGAGGCCUCCCCUUCCCCGACCCUGAGGGCCGUCCCGGCCCCUCGCCGCCAUGCGAUUUCGGGCUAAGAUCGUGGAUCUCGCCUGCCUCAACCACUUCAGCCGUAUAAUUAACACAAUCGCCAAGUUAGCCAAGACCUGCAUCCUGCGCCUUACUGUCUGCAAGCUGUAUUUCAUCCUCUCCGAUAAAGUAGCAAAUGGAGGUGCCAGUAUGUGGUGUGAGCUGAGCCAGGGGAAUUUCUUCGACGAGUUUCAGAUGGAAGGAGUAGCUGCAGAGCACAAUGAAAUCUAUUUAGAGUUGGUGCCUGAGAACCUGUCAAGAGCAUUAAAAACUGCUCAGAAUGCUAAGGCAGUGAAGAUCAAGUUGACUAAUAAACACUGUCCCUGUCUCAGUGUUGCUGUGGAGCUACCAUCCUUAUCAAGCAGCAGUAGGAUUGUGACACAUGACAUUCCUGUGGGAGUUAUUCCCAGAAGAAUGUGGAAUGACUUCAGAGAGCCCAGUGUGCCGGACUUUGAUGUCAGUAUUUACCUACCAGCACUGAAAACAAUGAAGAGUGUUGUGGAUAGAAUGAAGAAUCUCAGCAAUUUCAUUGUGAUUGAAGCAAACUUGAGCGGUGAAAUGAACUUGAAAAUAGAAACUGACUUAGUAUCUAUAACAACACAUUUUAAAGACCUGGGAAAUCCUCCCUGGGCAUCAGAGGAUGACUGUCAAAGUAAUACUCAAGCCAGAGAUCUGGAAAGUAUGGCUGAAGCAUGCAUAGACAUCAAGAAGCUGCAGCAGCUGCUUGCUGGACAGCAGGUCAAUCCUACAAAAGCAUUGUGCAAUAUUGUACGUAAAAGAAUUGUCCACUUCAUCUUGCUCCAUGAGGAGGUUUCACUUCAGUAUUUUAUUCCAGCAAUUGCCUGAGUGUUUUGGAAUCUUGGUAAUUUUCCAACCUGAGGCCUCUUUCAUGAAGUCUGAAAUCUUUCCUAAGUUGCUGGAGUAUUUUUAUGUGAGACACUGUUAGACAGUUAUCAGAUGGACAUUAUUUCAGUAUUUAUGAAAGUGUUCAAAAUACCUCCUCAUCCGGACAGCCAUUUUUGUGAAGAGUUAUAUGCUGUGAAAGACACAAUGCUGGGGAUUGCUAGUAUGUCUUACUCUUAGGAGGUGCAAAACUGAAAUUUGCCUUACCCACAGCUUAAAGCAUUCCAAAAGCACACUCAAUUAAAUACUUCAGUCUCCUCAAAAAACUAAAGGUAGAAUUCACCUCUGGAGCUGCUGCUGUGUGUAUUCAGUAUUGAUCAAUGCAAUCCAAGUUGAGGGAUCUCAGAGCAAGCUAUCAUACCUCCAUGGGGCUGGAGAGCCUUCUGGAGGGUUGCCAGAUUGAUAUUUGCCUGGGCAAGUAUGCAUUCUUGCAUACUUGAAUUCUGUUCCCAUAGAAAACUUUUGAUUAGUCUUGCUCCAGCAUACCUCAGUAGUUCUGUUUGUGCUUACUCUUUGUUUACCUCUUGGCUUGAAAGGACGAGCAAAACAGUCUGGAUUACUUUGUUAAUGUGGACAGUGAAAAUCCCUAUGUACAGAAUGAGUAUGAGGACAUGCGUGAGCAUGGCAAUUGGUGUGAAAUAAAGAACAAGUUACCUGGGGAUGACAUUUUUUCACUUUCCAGAUAGAAAACAUUGUACAACCUGUGUCGUCAUGGUGUCAGACAUGGUGAGAUUGUAUCUAGGCUUCAUGCCAAGCAGUCAGGAGCAUGACUAAAUUUCAUUAAUGGGAGUACUGCCUCUACUUCUACCUCCUGGUUAUUUUCUGAGGUCUUUUCCUCCUCCUUCCAUGUGUGAAUUAUUUGUUAUCCUGGCAUGUACCACAUAGCCUUUGAUUGUUGUGGUGAUUGAAUCUAUGCUGCCAAAUGAGACUGGGAGUUUCAUGUAGAAAGUAACUUGUCUCGAUCAGAAGUGUUGGGUUUUUGAUUGUUUGGUUUCUUUUCAAGGGACAUUGACAUUAAGGGAGCAAUGAAUCUUUUGUUCAUGGAGGUGCAAAUGCUCAGCAGAAGGCUGAAGGAGAGGCAGUGACAGUGAGAAGAAUAGACUUGCAGUGAUGAGUGUGUUGACUGACUGUGUUUAUAGGACUUUCUGCCUACUCCCUCGUUGUUCCUCCCUACUCUCCCUUGCCCUGCACAUUACUGCAUCAGUUGUCAUAUUUCCACCCAUUGCCUGCAACAUGCUGAGGUUUGCAUCUUUACCAUUUGCAAAGUUGAUCUUGGUGAGCAGCCAUUCACACCUGGUGGGAGAGAAUUGGAAGGGUAAAAGUGAAAAAAUUUAUGGGAUGAGAUAAGGACUGCUUAAUAGGCAAAGCAAAAUACAGAAUUCCCUCCUACUUCCCAUGAGCAUAGGUGUUUAACCAUUCCCAGGAAAGCAUGGCUCCAUCGUGCAUAGCACUUACCUGGGAGCACAGGCUGCAUAACUCCAAAUACCCUUUUCUUCCUUGUUCUUUUCCCUGAAAUGAAUGUGAUGCUGUAUGAUAUGGAUAUUCCUCUGAUGAUCUGGGGUCAGCUGUCCCAGCUGUGUCCCUACCGAUUUCUUGUGCACUCCUGGCAUAUUUGCUAGUGAGGCAGUGUGAGAGUAAUGCCUUGGUACUGUGUAAGUGCUGCUCAGCAAGAACAAAAACAUCACUGUGUUUUCAACACUGUUUUGGUCAUAAAUCCAGAACAUAGGAGCUACUAUGAACAAAACUAAUUCUAUCACAGCCAAAACCAAUGUAACCUGCUGUUUCUUGAUAGGCCAACAAUUACUGCAAACAGGUAUUUUAGAUUCUUUUUUCUCAGGUUACUGUCUUUGUUAAUGCUAAUUAGUCAGGGUUUAUAUCUGUGUUUGUCUCCUUUGUUUUCUUUUUAUGAUCCAGUAUAGGAUGUGAUCAAUCAGGUAACCAUGGAAUAAAUCUUCCAACACUCAGAUGCCUCCUAAAAUACAUCACUUUUGUGUCUGUUGGUGUCCCUUCAAAUUUGCUUUCCUUCUCUUAACUGUUUUUUGGCAUGGUAUGGAAACUUAGAACCUUCUCUUGUUUUUCUUACUUUUUGGUUACACACUAUAUUACUGAUCAUUAUUUUUAUGCUGUAUCUGUCAAAGCCUUUGCAUAUAGUCUAAUUUUCAUAAUGUCACAGCAAUUAAAAAAGAAUGACACUUUGAUUAGAAAAAUAAAACAACAGAGGAUGCUAAAGAGCUGUAAAAAAAUUUAUUACUCUGCGUUCCUAAGAAAAAACUGGGAACAAGUAAUAGACUGCAGUUAACCCUUGUGAGAGGGCAUAAUUAUUGUUUUUCAUAAAUGACAAUUCUCAAAUGGGCAGGUUGCCAGUGACUAAAUGUAAGACUGAAAUUAUUUCAACACUGUAUGCUAUGGAAAAAGUACUGUUUCCAGAGCAGAUGUCAUGAAUGAUCCAGUUAAAAUCAUUUAGGCAUAGGCUCAGAGAUAUGUUGCACACAGAUUAGAUGGCUAAAUAGCUUAUGUGAUCUGGACUUAAAUAUCUCUGCUCCAAUUCUUCAUGUGUAAAACAAGAACCUUUCUGCUAUACGGCUGCAUGCAAUAUGUGAUGAAUAAAUGCAUGAAGAAUUUCUAGUGCACUUGGCUUGUCUGAUAGAAGCUUAUAUUUAAAUUAUAGUCUUAUUAAUGCAGGGACAUCUUUCUAUCAGGGAAACAGACUAUGCUAGUGUGUGUGGGCUAGUAUCAUAAAUGUUUGGCUCUUCUUUGUUUAGACUGGUAAGAUGCAUGUGUUCAGCUCUUACUUACCUAAUAAGUAAUCUUCGACUUUUAUAUUUUAUGAACUUUAAUGAUUACUGUCAUGUCAUAGCUAUGGAAGAAGCCAAAUUGGAGAUGAUUGCCUUCUACAAUGGGAUAUCUGACUGGAUAAAUGGAGAACAGUGAAUGUGGUCUUCUUGGGCUUCAACCAGGCUUCUGCCAUGACAUUCUGAUGGGCAAGCUCAGGAAGUGUGAGCUGGAUGAGCAGAUGGUGAGGUGGAUUGAGGACAGGCUGUAUGGCAGGUCUCUAGAGGGUUGUGAUCAGUGGUAUAGGGUCUAGUUGGAGGCCUGUGGUGUCCCCCAGGUGUAAGUACUGGAUCCAGAAGUGGCCAAUACCCCAGAAUGUUGUGCUGCCAUUCAGAAGAAUCUCAACAGGUUGGAGACUUGUUCAGAGAGGAACCUUCUGAAAUUCAUCAAAGGCAAGAGCAGGGUCCUGUAACUGGGGAGAAAGAACCACAUGCAACAGUACAGGCUGACUUGCUCUGAAGCAGCUCUGGAGGAAUGGGUCAUGGUGUGCGAUAAACUGUCCAUAAUCCAGCAGUGUGCCCUUAUGGCAGAGAGCCACUGGUGUCUUAGGGUGCAUCUCCAGGAGGUCAUGAGAGGUGAUCCUGCCUCUCUGCUCAGUCUUGAUGAGUCCACAUCUGGAGUGCAGUGACCAGUCCUGAGCUCCUGGAGCAAGUCCAGAGGAUGGCAAUGAAGAUGAGGGUACUGGAGCACCUCAUUCAUAUGAAUGAGGAGAACCUGAGGGAGCGGGACUGUUUAGCCUGGAGGAGAGCAGACUGGAAGGGGAUUUUACCAAUGCCUGAAGUAUAUAAAUGGGAGGACAUAAAGAGUUAGGACCAGUGCUCUUCUUGGUGAUGAGCAACAGGAUGAGAAGCAAUGGGCAGAAAUCAGAACAUGGGAAGUUUCACCUGAACACGGGAAGGAACUUCUGAGUACUGGAAUAGGUUGUCCGGAGAGGUUGUGGAGACCCUUUCCCUGGGGAUAUUCAAAAGCCAACUGGACAUACUCCUGAUUAACAUGGUGUAGAGAGCCCUGUGUGAGUCAGGAGAUUGAGCAAGGUGUCCCACUGUUGUCUCUUCGAGCCUUACACAUUCUGUGAUUCUGUGAUCCCUGCAAAGCUUGUCUCCCCCAGAGGUCAUUCAGAUUUGCGGAGUCAGAGAUUCAAGAGCAUUUUGGACAGGAGGGAUGCAUUCAGUAGUGUAUGAGACCUGGAGCACGUGCAACAUGAUCUUUGCUUCAUUCUAGUUAUUAAAUCUCUGCCACAGAGUGUGUCAGCCAUGAUGGCUCCAAGUCUUUCCAGAAGUAAUUCUCAGAAUAUUCUCUUCUUGGCCUGCUUCAUGUAAUGUAUCUGGGCUCCAGCCCUCCAGGCAGGGAUAGCAGCAAACUGUAGCCUCAGGUCUUGAGACACAGAAUACAAAAACAAAGUGUUCUGUGUCUGCAACUGAUACUAUUAAAGGCAAUUUUGUAUUGUUUUUGGUUUCCCAGGGAACAGUAGUCUUUGCAGUGAUGCUUUUCUGUCUGCCUUAUAGUCUCUCGGUCUCUGGGAGAUAGGCAAGAGUUUUUAAACUUACUCUCUAUGUAUCACGUAUCAUGUGUCUUCAGUACAGUUUCUGUGAGUGAGCUUCCAUUCUGAGUCUUUGAACAUUUCCCCUUAUUUGCAAGUUCACCGAGUCCUUCAGGUUAAAGGCUCAAUGCAUGAAAAUCUGUAAGUUUCUGUGAUUGAAAUUACAGUUGGUAUCAGAUGGACAACACAGAAGAUAGUUGUCCUAGGGUGACUUUAUGGUGCUGGUAUCCCCAGUCAUCUGUUCUAUUUAUGCUGGAUAUUAAGUUCUGCCCCUUUAAGACUGAUUCUGAGAGUGGAGGAUGGGGAGAAGAAGCGUGGAGUUUGUUUGCGGAAACUGCGCUCACUCUGCAUUCCUCGCUCUCUCUCAGUGUGUGUUGUCUUCAGCACGGACAGGGAGCGGGAGAGAGCUCUCCUUUGCUUUUAGUUAGUUGGGUUUUUUUUGGUUUUUUUAGUUAGCUGAGACAGAGAAGUUCCCUGGACUGUGGCUUUUCUUUUUCUAAGAACUGAUCAACCCUGCUUUGGACUGAAAAUCCAGAAGGGCACCAGGAGCUCACGCCUGUGUCCCACCGGGGCCGGGAUGCGGCAUCUUCCACUGCAGGAGGGACUGAUAAGAGACUGAGCGAGCUGGGCUACACCCCAUGACAAGAAAUUUCUGAAUUUGCCAUCUCUUGAGAACAGCGAGAGUUUUAUUGUUAAUUAUUAUUCAUUUUUUGUGCUUGUGAAUGCUUUACUUGUUAAAUAAACAGGAUUUUUCUACUUGUC